GCUUCAAAGCGCAGUAUGCAAACAUCAUUCUGCGAUAGCGCACUGCGCGAUCGCUAUAUUUUCAAAUUAUUCCGAUUCCAUAUAUUGAAACUCUACAUGCCCAGACCCUGGCUGAACCGCUGCAAGAUGUUGGAGCUGAAAACUUUGGCGCUCUUCUGCCUGUUGUUGUUGGGCGAUUUGGGACAAGCCGCAGCCCAAAGAAGUAGCGGUGGUCGCAAUGUUUUGCGUCGCAAUUACACUGGAAAGAAACCCGUGGUUAUACAGCAUCGAUCACAGGAUGCAGUCAACUAUUACGAUCAUGAGCAUGGUGCCAAGAUCAUUAAAUCAUCGCAUUUUGAACUGGAUUAUACCUUGGGUCGAAAGAUCACUUUCUUCUGCAUGGCUCAGGGCAAUCCACGUCCCACAAUAACCUGGUUUAAGGACGGCGCUGAACUCUAUCAACAUCGCUUCUUUCAGGUACACGAGUCUCACAUAGAAACCGAUAUUAUAAAGUCGAAAAUGGAAAUCGAUCCCACUACGCAAAUGGACGCUGGUUAUUAUGAAUGCCAAGCGGAUAAUAUAUAUGCUAUUGAUCGACGAGGUUUUCGCACAGACUAUGUCAUGGUUAAUUUUUAAGAAUCUUAAAUCUUUUCAACUGAA